AUGUCGGCCAGCGGGGCCGUGGAUCACUUGGAUCCGGAGCUCAACGGAGUCUUGCGCUCGCUAUUUCGUGACAAGGUGCUAUGGCAGCGCGUCCAGGAUCUCCAGCUCUUGGUGGCGUGCCCUUCCAUUGACGCCCUGGCCGGCGUACAGGUCACGCCAGUCAUGGUCCGCCAGCACAUUCUUCAACCAUCUCAGGUCAAGCCAGGCGUCUACCAGUGCUUUGCGGGCGGUGCAGGCGUCGAGCUGACGGUAGCUGGUGGAAAGAUUGCGCCGGUCCAGGCAACCCAGGAACGAGCCGAGUGGUUUGCCCAGAUUAUCUCGGAAGAAAAGUAUCAUUGCGAUAACGGCAUCGGAGUCGUCCGUCUCAUCUGCAUUGAUCGCAUCCUGGGCCAGGCCCAGACGGUUCAUGCCGAGGCCAUUCCCGAUUACACAAUCGGCCACGAGUGGCUGGCCUGGAUUCAGGGCAGCAUGCCCGCUGAUCAGAUUAUGGAAAUUCAAAAGGACUGCAACGAAUUCAACUCGGCCUACGUCAUUGGCACAGGUUAUUUGUCUUACGUUGUGGACAAGAUUGAAAUGAUGGUGGAGGAGGCGGCCGAAUCGAUUGACGAGCAUUCCUCGGCAUUGCAGGCGCUCCCCAUGCACGACCAAUUGCGCCGAGAUAUCGCCUGCCGACAAGCCGCCGAGGAACUGAUCAUGAUCAACGUGUAUCCAAAGGUAUUUGCAGCACUUGUGAAGGAAACGCAAGGGGCGUGUGAUGCACUGGCCGCAGCGCUACGCACACAUGCCGGGACAAGCCUCGCAGAUGUUGGGGCAGACCCGUCCCUCCAGCUGGACUUGACGCAAGCGGCCAGCGAGUUGCGGGGCAUGUGUACGGCCAGCUCAGCGCUGGAGAAACAUCGCUAUCUGCGGUCGACAUUGGACCUGAUUGCGUGUGCGUCGACGGCCAUUACAGCAGACGACCUGAUUCCGCUACUCAGCUUGGUCAUGAUCAAGUGCGGGGAUUCGACGUUACCAGCUCAGCGUCUCUUUCUGGAGCGUUUCGACGUGACUGGGGCCUUUAAGGAGCAGGAGGGGGUGUUUUCGAGCGAGCAGCAGUACCGACUGACAACCCUGAUUGCAGCGCUGGAAUACCUGAGCAACCCCAAUUAUCCGGAGAGCGCCGAUCCCGUCGAGGCCGAGGCCGAGGCCGGGAGCCUGGGAGGCAGCAGCCAUGGCACGGGCUCGAGUCUGGGGCCGGCCAGCGGGAGUCACUCGCACAACACGAGCUGGGAACAAGCCUCAACGGUGGAGACGAGCGAACGAGCACAGCGUCAGCGUGAGGAGGAGCGCCAACGGCGAGAGGCCGAGGCCGCUGGCCAGGUGUACCUCAAGCCCGUGGACCGGCGCGUCUCAGACAGUGAUGUGGGCCCCCUUCUGGCCCGCAUCAGCAAACUGGGCAUUUGUCGCGGCCUUCUGGAGGUUUAUUGCAGUCGUAUGACAUGCCAAUGCAAGAGGCAUGUCAUACUACCCCGCUUCGAGAAGUUCGUGAGCAAGUUCGAGCGGACGCACAUACACAUGGCUACCUGCCAACAACCAAACCAAACGCCACACGUGAACACCAUCACCCCCACACCCCCAAAUCCCCCCUAUACUCCCCAUGGCCCAUUGCCGUUGAAGUUACACCUUGUUGAAGAACCGCGAAACAACGUGUGUGCGUGUGUGCGUGUGUGCGGUGUGCGUGUGUGUGUGUGCGACUUUUCGCUGUGCACAAUUCCAUGUGUGUGUGUCCUCUCGCUUUUUGCGCCUUUUUUUGUUUAUUUUCUCUCUCUCUCUCUCUCUCUCUCUCUCUCUCUCUCUCUCUCUCUCUCUCUCUCUCUCUCUCUCUCUCUCUCUCUCUCUCUAUUCGGCUCCAUCACACAUUGCCACCACCAGCUCUGCACGCUCUCGCUCUCUCUCUCUCUCUCUCUUUCUGUUUCAACAUUUUCGCGCGACCUGCCCACCAUGCGGCCGCACGCCAACGCUCGAUUAAAAGAUGCGCACUUUCCGGCCUGGUUACAACCGCCGGCGGCGACCGCCAACCUCGCCGACAUGAUUGGCACCCCCCACACAGGCAUGAUGGUCGCCACCUCGUCUGGACAGAGCCCGUAUGGUUUUACCGAGCAAGACCUUGAAGGCACAUUGUCAGGAACAGACAACAAUGGCGAUGACGAUGACGAUGGCUUUCGCGAUGCCUCCUCCCUCACUCGCGAUGUCACCUCCAAGCCCUCGCUAUCGCAUACACCCCGAGCCCAAGACGUUGAUGACAUGUGGCUUGCACCCCAACAUAAGACCGAUCUGACUCGGCCCGCCCUUCGGUCGGCCCUGCGCUCCAGCCGACGCACCGCCAAUGGCAAUGCUAGCCCAAGCACUUCGUCGUCAAAGCCUUCCCGCUCCGUCCGCAUCUGCGAACAAACCACCCCCACCCCCGCUGGCCCCAGCCGCCGCUCGGCCCGGGCUCCCCUCAAGAGCCCCGCUACUCCCAAAGACCUCAGUGACAACAUGGGCGUCUUUCAGUUUGACGAAGAUUUGGACAUGGACGAUGCCCUCGAACAUGCCACUGCCGAGCUCGGCUUGGAUGAAGCUGACGACGUCCGCGAUCACGAACUUCGCCACCUCAUUGUCCUGCUCGAGCAAGGCCACGCCACCCCGACCUCGCCCACCACCACCGACCCCACGGCGCGCGCCGAGGCAUCAUCUGUGCCCCUCACAGCGCUCGCCGACGCAGCCGAUGAUGUCGACUUUAUCGGCCACACACUGCUCAUCGACCCCGAAGCUAGCAGCACUCGUCGCGGCAUUAACCGUCGCUCCUCCCCCCUUCAUCUGCCCCAGAGCCACCACCACCGUGGCUCUCCCUCGGCUCAUUCCCCCGAAGCCGCCUCCCGCUCAACUUGGUCUCAUGGCUCCUGGAAGGGCACACCGGCAAAGCAUCGCGCCGUCACAACAGCUGCUCGCCAGCAUCGGUCUGGCAGCUUUGGUGGUGCCCGAAGCACGCCCGCCAACAACAGCCUGGGCGGUGGCUUUGUCAUGCUUCCCUCCCAGCAAUCAACUAGCCUCGGGCUGGACGCCGCCUGCGAGGAAACGACCGACCUGGCCAUUGGUUGGAUCAUGCCCGACCAUCCCACCGUCAAGCCACGUGGCAGCUCCAUCAACCUGGGCACGCCGGGUCCCCAACUCCUGACCCGUAGCAGCAGCACCCAUGCCUCGGUCACUGCCAGCCUCCACCGUCGUCAAUCUGCUGGCCUUGUCGAACAAGACUACCAUGCCUUUCGCUCCCGCUGCCUGAACCAACGGACGCGGUCCAAGCCCGGCUGUGCCCCUGACAUGCUCUUGUUGUACCAGUUUUGUACCAUGUAUCAAGAGUUUCGCACAGUGGUCCUCGAGGACGCGGCCCGCUGCUCUGCGACAGCGAGUAGUGAUGCCGCCAAGCAGCGCGUGCAACAGGGCCUUGACCUGCUCUGGACUUUUUACUUUCAUGCACUCGAAGCGCGCUUCCGUCCCUGGCUCUAUCGAGCCUUUGAGGAAGCCUGUUUGGAGUGUGAGCAGGGUUUUGCCCGCCUGCGCGAACUCGUCCUGACUCUAAAGGAUCAAAACGUGGACGUGGACGUGACUCCCGAGAUCCAAUCGCGACUGGACAAGGCUGCAUUUUGCAACCCAACGCCCCUCUCCUCUCCCGCGGCCUCUUCUCCAGCCUCCAGUGAGCGAGUCAGCUUUUUUUGA